AUAAAAGUUGGGGUUAGCCGUGCGCGGUCGAUGUGCAACAAAGCGGUCCCAAAGUGUGUGUGAGCCGCCCUUCUUCUGCUGCUGUCUGCGUGUGUGUUUAUGUGUGUGUAGGUGUGGGUAUGUGUGCGUGUCUGUGUGUGUGCACAUCGCAACAGCAGCCAGCUGCGGGCUGUGUGUACCAUCAGCCGCUGGGUGUCUUCACUCUGUGGGGCUUCACUGUAGACAACAGAGGCUAGUGUAGGCUGGGCUGUCCGUGUUUUCCGGAAGAGAGAGGGUGUGAAACAUGGGACACAGCUCAGGUCAGCAGCUGAUCCAGCCACACGUCUGAAGCACGGGAGCCCGUACGGAUGCCUGUGUGCUACUCGGCUGUGAGCAGAGUGAACCAAACCGGCACCGUGCGUCCAGCCGAACGGGACAGCCCUGUGGAUCCCUUUCACUGACACGCUUAAAGGGGCUCAAACACGCCCGAGCACUCAUUUGGCUCUGCUGAGACCCUGAGCGUCGCAACCACAGGCUGGCCCAGUUCACGUUGAUGCUGGUGGGCACGCCCCAGUACUCUCCCCGCCACCUGCUCCUGAGCCGCUCCCACCUUCCCACCUGCCAUGGCUAUGAGCAAUGACCCGGGCUGUGAGAGGCUGGACCCCGACUCUGACAAACAGACCAGCAGUCUCACAGACACCAUGGCUGCCAUGACAACUAAAGAUUUAGACAGCUCAACUGCCAACGGCGUGAAGAAUGGCGGGGCUCAGAGGGACGGGGCUCAGGCCAAGAGGACUCAUCCGCCGAGGCCUCAUCUGACUGGGAGGAAGUUGUCGCUGCAGGAGAGAGGAACCUACCUGUCAUCAGGCUCUGGAGGAGGCUACACGCACAUCUCUCCUCGUGUGGCUCGCAGGCCCACUGUGGAGUCUAAACGUGUAUCCAUAUCAGACGCUCAGGACUGUAUCCAGUUAAACCAGUAUAAGCUGAAGAGCGAGAUUGGGAAGGGCUCCUAUGGUGUGGUCAAACUUGCCUACAAUGAGGACGAUGACAAACAUUAUGCCAUGAAGGUGGUGUCCAAGAAGAAGUUAAUGAAGCAGUGUGGUUUUCCACGUCGCCCACCCCCAAGAGGACCCAAGGCAGCCCAAGGAGAGCAGCCCAAAAUCUUAGGACCCCUGGAGAGGGUCUACCAAGAGAUUGCAAUCCUUAAAAAACUGGACCAUAUCAACAUUGUGAAGCUGGUGGAGGUGCUGGAUGAUCCAGCGGAGGACAACCUUCACAUGGUGUUUGAGCUGAUGCGUAAGGGUCCAGUAAUGGAAGUGCCCACAGACAACCCUCUGUCAGAAGAGCAGGCGAGGUUAUACUUCAGAGACGUCAUCCUGGGCAUAGAGUACCUGCACUACCAGAAGAUAGUCCACCGGGACAUCAAGCCUUCUAACCUGUUACUGGGAGACGAUGGACACGUGAAGAUCGCAGACUUUGGGGUCAGCAACCAGUUUGAGGGCAAUGAUGCUUUGCUGUCCAGCACUGCUGGCACUCCUGCAUUUAUGGCACCAGAGACCCUGUCAGACACACGAAAGAGCUUCAGUGGAAAGGCGCUGGACGUGUGGGCCAUGGGAGUUACUCUCUACUGUUUUGUCUUUGGGAAGUGCCCGUUUAUUGAUGAGUACAUAUUGGCCUUGCACAAUAAGAUAAGGACCAAGCUUGUGGAUUUCCCAGAAACACCAAAGAUCAGUGAAGAGCUGCGGACUCUGAUCUUGCGGAUGCUGGACAAGAACCCCGACACCAGGAUCACCAUCCCUGAGAUCAAGAUGGACCAGUGGGUGACCCAGGGAGGCACUGACCCCUUGCCUCUGGAGGAGGAGCACUGCUCUGUGGUGGAGGUGACAGAGGAGGACAUCCAGAACUCGGUCAAGUUCGUCCCUAGCCUCUCUGCAGUGAUCUUGGUAAGAGCCAUGCUGAGGAAGCGCUCCUUCAGCAACCCCUUUGAGUGUCCGAGCAGGAGAGAGGAGAGGUCCAUGUCUGCGCCUGGCAGCCUGCUAAUGGACUCGUGGCCCUUCCGGCCCUCUUUAAAACUUCACCCCUCACUCAGAAAGGGGAGCACAGGAGAUGGACCCAGAGAAGUAGAGCUGGAGGACCUGCAUGAAGACGAGCCCUCCUCUUGAGUCUUAAUGACGCUCCUAUCACCAGAGCUUCAACUCCGUCUGCUUUGCAUCCUUUUUGCUUGAACCACUGUGUGCUCACCCCUUUAUUCUCACAUUUCCUUCAAAUCAGUGACAACUACAGGAGCAUCACUCUAUACACCGAAGGUUUCAAAUCUGAUAUAUCGUUUGUGUCAACAUUCAGAUUUGUAUGCUCAGGCUUGCUUUCCUUUUUGCUUCCUGUUAGCUUCAGAUUAUCCUUUCUUCACCCAUUUUCCUUCUCCAAUGUGGAGUCUCCGGGCAAUGUACAAUGUUGCUUGUGUUUAACUGCUCAACCACUUGCUGUUGUGACUCGCAUCAGUGAACUGAUAGGAAGAGGAACUCUGAAGUUUAAAUUAUAAUUGUGGGAGCGAGACAAGAACAUGUUUGUCAGCUGGUAUUACACUGCAAUGUGGGAAAAAAACUGUCAAACCCAGAUUUUCUUGUUUCUUUUUUUUUCUUUUACCCGUCUGCAUGAUGAAUAGUUGGUCAUCAGACUCUAUAGCCACCUGUCGCGGUCAUUGCCAGCCUGACAAAGAGGGGGGAAAAAAACUUCAUAAUCAACACUUCAGCAUGUAGAUGACACCAUAUUGACUUAUUAUUUAUGAUCAAUGACACAUUUUAACAUUGUACAUUAGAUGUCUGGAGGUGUCAUCAGUGUUAUCGUCUCACAGCCUUGUCCCGGUGUAUGUGCCAUCAGUAGGUCGAAGUCCUUCCUGCGCUGCCUUCACUGCCCUCAGGCCCGGCUGGUUGAACUUCUCUGACAGGAAGGAAAGGAAGUCAGCUGUCUAAGGGUGAUCACACAGAGAGGACAGCGGCUUUGCAAUGCUUGAACACAUUUCAAAGUUACUUUUGCUGCUGUGUGAUAUGUAAUUAUUUUUGUGUUAGGAGUCAUUUCAGGCUUCCUCUUCCCUGUAGUGUGUUGUUUGUCUGAUGAUUUCUGUUCUCUAACGCUCUCUUUCCUUCAUAUCACACUAUACUGCUUGGUUUGGUGUGAUGUAAUUGCGACAGAAGCUUGAGCACUUUGAAGUGUAUGUUAUUUCACAGCGAGUGUGAACAGACUCAAAAUAGGAAAUGAAUUGAAUCUUCCCGUACGAAGUUAUCGAGGUUUAGGGACUUUACACAAUUUUUUAGGGGGGCAGGGCAGGUCAGAAAAUGGGGAGGAUGUAUGUUUCCUUUUUGCUGAGGGGAAGGUAGUAGUAGAGCAGAUAAGGGUCUUUUUUUUUAAAACAUUGAUAAUUUCUGUAUCUAGGAUUAAUAUAUAAGGGGCAUCAAAUAGUCAGAAACAAUGGCUCUGGUGUGCAACAAUCCCGUCACGGUUUCAGGGAGUCAUUUUUCUCAUGACACUUAAUGUUAUCCCUACUGAAAGUCAUUUUCUCCUUCAGAUUUUUCUGCAUCGUAACAGAUUUUUUUUUUAAAAGUUCAAUGUGUUAUGUAAAGUCGGCCUAUAUAAUAAUUCAAUUUCAGCCUUUCGUUAUGUUUUCCAUAACGUUGGAAAUGUGUGCCCUAGUGGCUAUUGUAAAAUGUAAUAUUCCAUAAAUAUAUAUAUAUAUUAUAAACAUAUAAAGAUAUAUUUAUGAAAUAUAAAUUCGAUUUAAUUUCAAUUAGGUUUAAAUAAGAUUAAACCACCCCAAAUAACCCCAUUGCCUUUUUUAGUUAUUGUUAUUAUUAUUAUUAUAAUCAUGUUGCAGGUUUUUGUUCUGAGUCAAGGAUAGCAUCCAAAUAAAAUAUUAUUACUUGCAAGGGUUGUACAGCAAAUAUAGCAGCAAACAACAAUUUGCUAUGUUAAUAUAUGAUGGAGUCAUAGUUUCCUGAGCAGAAAAUGAGUCACGCUCCCUCUGCCUGUGUUGCUAUCGCAGCCUCUCUGUGGUUGGUUUACAUGCCCUGUGUGCAGCUGAGUAGAGACUGAAACAGUGAAAAGACUAACAAAGACGUUUUCUUGUGAGUUUUAUUUUGUUUUUGUCCAGAAGCUACAAUGACAUACAAGGUAGAAUCACUGUUUUUCUGUGGAGUCUGGUGGCGAGGGAUAGCUAUAUUAGUCGGGCUGCUUUCCAUAAUGUUGUCAGACUCAACAAUCUGUCAGUGGCAGUGCUUACUUUGUGGCCAUUGUAGACCUUUUCAUGAAUAUUUUCACAUCUAACUGUGAAUUAUGGGUUUAUUUUGAUUUUAUAUGUUUAUUAAUUGUUUCGGUCCCAUUGUUUUGGUCUGGGAUGAUGGUACUCUAGUGCGACAUCCAGUGGCAAAUGGAUUUCGUAUAUUUAACCUUUAAAACUGAAACAUACAAUUUCACUGCCCUCCCCACCCCAGUCAUUUUUAUACAGUCCCUAACUAGUCAACUAUCAGUUUGCCUGGCUGACCUUUUGAAGUUCCAACUAGCCAUGCAAGUUUGUAGAGCUGAGUAAGAUGUGAGAUCACAAAUGUUGGGAACAUGGAUGAAUGGAAAAGAAAAGUAAAUUUUUUGUGAUUCGAGUUCACAAAAUAUUUUCCAUUCAAUGUUGUGGGCUAGCAUAAAAAAAGCCCAAUGUGUGGGUUGCUUUGUCUCCGCAGACUCAAAUCAAUGAGAACAUUUCUGCCUCCACAGCAGCUCGGCCUCAGAUAAAUGUUUAUAUAAAUCCAUUUUGAUUCUUUCCUCCUCUUUGGCCUGGGGUGUCGCUCUGUGAAAGAAAGCAUGAUUGGCUGACAGAGUGCUCUGAUCACUUGAACCACAGUGAAAAGGAGCAUUUCAAAGUCAUAAUUAGGCCCAGGCUGCCAACAAUAACAACCCUUCCCCAUCCACUUCAGUGCCGUCCCCAGUGUGGCUGAUUAGAAACGGGGAGUGCAGCGUUUUGCAUUUCCCCCGUUAAUCUUGCCCUCAGUAUCCGCCAGUGAAGGAUGCUAGAUGGAGCUCAGAGAGAAUGAUUGGUAGAAUCUGAAUGGGGAAUGCUUGAGCCUCUGUGUUUGGGGAUUUGUGUUCACAGAGGCAGAGACUUUAUGCAUAAAAAUCAUGAAUGCUUUUAACAUUAAAUUGUCAACUUUAUUAUCAUGUGAGGGCUGGGGAAUGUGAAGCUUUAUAUCUUUUUUUAAAUUGUUCAGUAAAAUGUGGUAAGAUAUGUUUGUAAAGGAUAAAUUAAUAUCUUAAUGUCUGAUUGUUGUUGUAUAUGCCGUUUGAAAAAAAAAUUAUGAAAAGUUUUCGUUCCUUCUCUCUUUGUUGAGGAUGAUGGAAGUGAACAAAGGUACUGAGGUCUGUGUGCAGGGUAACCUUCAAUGAAGGACUGUUUGAACCAAAAAGUAUAAAAUGGUGUGUUCAGUUUUAUUUUCUAAAAAACAAUUUUUUUUGGUUGUAGAUGUGUCCAGCUUUACAGUUGUGUCUUUGUACAGACAUUUGUCAGUGUCGGAGGUGCAAUAUUGUUGUCGUCUUUAUCAUUAUUUGCUCAUGUGCCUGUUGUCAGAGCGGGCCACUCAUCCUCUUAUCUGUAUUUUAGUUGUCCUUGUUGAAAAAAAUAUGCUUCUAUUUAAAUAUUUGCACUUUUCCACUGAGAUACAUAUUAAAGCUAUUGUGAUUGCAUAUAACACUACUGGUACCUGCCAGCCAUUUAAUAUUGUACAGUUUAUGAUCAAGGAAAGAACUGUGUGGUUCACCUGUAAAAGACCAUAUUUACUGUGUCACAGUCUCCUGUACUUUUUGAAGCAUUGCUCUUUGAUAUCAGUCUGCAUGUCACAGCAUUGCUGCCUGGUUUUUGAACAUUUUUACAAAUGAAACUAAAAUGUUUUCAUUUUCCAGCAAUUUAUUCUCCUGUCUGUGUCAAAAUGCUGUAACAGCUGCAGUAAUGAGAUUGGUUUUGAAUAGUCGUGUUUGUUGUGAAUAUCCAAAUAAUAACUCUGAGUUGUGAAUGUUGUAUAACUGGAGCAAGGGACUUCCGGAUUGUAUUGCAUUACUCAUGCAUAAUGCUAAAACACUGUAAACUCCAUUUAAGGAGCAGGUCUCAGAGCACAGGAGCAGCUUGAAAUAGCAGCUUUCUUUUCAAGAUCUCCUCCAGAGACACAGUGAUGGAUGAUCACUAGCUGCCCUUGAAGAUGAAACAUUUAACCCUGUAACCAUAGGACAGUGUCUUCAUGCCGCCCAGCCAGCUCUUUUUUUCUAAUAGUUUUUUCAAUAGACAUUAUUAUCUCUGCAAGGGUUAUUUCUUCUGUAGAUCUCUUAGUUUAAGCAUAUCCACAACCUCUAACCAGAUUUCAAUUUAGUAGGAAAUUAGACAUCGAACUGAGGAAGACCUGCUUUCAAUGCAGAUUACAUCAUCACAUGGCCAUUUAGAAAGAACUUACAGUAUGUUUUCAUGUUGUAAUUCCUGAGCUAAUUAUAAUUUCCUGAUUCCUUAGUACAGGAUGUGUCAGUCAAUCAGGCCAUACAUAUUUCCACCUACAGAGAUUUCUGCAAUUUUAUUUAUUUUUGUAAAACCAUCUUCACUUAAUUUGGUACGUUUAAAAAAUGUAUGUAUACCAGUUUUAACUCCUAAAUGUGAAGUUACAACCACAUAUGUGCAUACUGCAUUAAGUCUAAUUGAGACUUCUAAAUUUAAUUUAAUUUUGCCUAAAGGUGAUACUAUAACACAUGAUACAUUUAAAUGGCCACAACCUAGUGGCCACCUGUGUGACUCUUUGCUCAAUUCGUCCUUGUAGACUUUAAGAUAUUCUCUGAUCACUGUUUUGAUUCAGAUCUGGAUCCUGACACAUAUUCAUUCUAUUUUGAAAAUAUCAGAUGCAUUGGAUUGGGCAGCCUUGGCAGAGGAUUACUCACCCUAAAUGAUUUCUAGCUUGGUGUUGUCACUGUGGUGAAACACAGAAGGAAAAUCAGUGGGUGCAGCUGCCACAGUCGCAGCACAGGAAGUGAGUGACAGGACUAAUUUCCCAUGAUUUCAGGUCAUAAUUAUAUCCAAAGGAAGAGGACUGUGGGAGAGUGAGUUUGUACAUAAUGUGCAGUCAGGGCCGAUUGGAUCGUUGCUGUGUAUCUUCUGUGACUGUCCUGAUGUGUGUGUUGAAGGUGCCUGCUGUCUUGUGUUGUCUUGUGCAUUUCUCUGAAUGUACUCACUCGCCUGUCACUCAUACAAAAACAGAAGCAUGGCACAUCCCUAUGGAAUGCAGUUGUUACAAUGUAAAUAUGUACCAAUAUAUAUAAAGAAGCUAUUUUUUGCAUGCUUUUUGUACACCUAGACAUAAUCAAAGACAAUAAAAAAGAAAAUCUGAA